AUGGCACAGAACACUGGUCAGAUUGGCAUCCAGGCAACUGCCGUCAUCUCUGGGUCUUUCUUAUCAGGUGCAAUGACGUCCCUUUCGCUCAUCACGAUCCCGGUAAUCUUGGACACAGGCACCCAAUCCAAGCAACUGCUAGAUCAAUUCGUCGCCCUGUACAACUACGGCCACAGGAUAAUGCCAGCACUCUCAGUAACGACGUGUGCGCUGUACGGCUUUGUCGCAAACAGCAAGCGAGCCGCGGGUGAUCCAUGGUCGAUUUACGGCGUUGCAGCCGCGACAACAAUAGCCAUGGUGCCGUUUACGUGGAUCUUUAUGGUGCCGAUAAAUAAUACGCUGUUUGCUCUACAUGCUGCUGCAUCCGACGCCGCUUUGGAGGAGGUGCGAGGGUUGAGUGUCCAGUGGCAGUGGUUACAUGUUGCACGCUCGCUGUUUCCGUUGGCUGGGGCGAUUAUAGGAUGGAAGGCGCUGCGGGCAGCUCUUCGGUAA